AUGGAUGAAAGCAUCAUUAGGGUGCCUUUUUAUGCGUCAACUUCCGCAUGGCGGACAAAGGCGCAGUUGCAGGGUCUUCUUCGCAAUCACCCAAGCGUUAUAGCCGACAGUGGUCUUCUUGCGGCUCCUGGUACAAUCUUUAGCACCGCGCGAUUGUCGCUACACAACAGUGAGAGCGCAUUGGCAUUGGGUAUGAAUCCUUUAGGUGGAGGAGGGAGCGUUGGACUAAUGUCCGUGGAAGGGCCAGAGCCGACGCUUCAAGGGGCCACGCAUAUACGGUGGUUGGACUUGCCGCCAGAUGUUUUUGUGAGUAGCGUUGAUUGGUGUGAUGACCAUCUCCUGCUGGGCAGCACACGAGGUCGCAUCCUUCUCGUAAAGGCAGGGCCAUAUAGUGUAACUGAAAGCGGUGAAGCACUUGAUCCCAGUAGAUGUUUAGCGUCGGGUGAUACACAACCGAUGGUUGGGGACAUCAUUGUUGCACCAAGUAGCCAUGCGGUUUCAACGCUUGUACGUAGCGUGCGGUGCAACGCAGAGGUGAACUCAUCGAGUGUUGUAGGAGUGGUUGAAAGCCGCGCUAUGGUGUGGGAUCUGGAGGGGGAUUUGCAUCCCGUACGUGCAUGGACCCCCGGGGUGAGCACGGAGGUGAAAAACAACGGUCAGCAUGAAGUUCUUCUUUUUGCUAAUUGGGCUCCACACUGCGAUUCAAUAGUUCUCACAGGUGGUUACGAAGGGAGUCUUAUACUUACAGACACACGAGCGGAUAACACCAGGGGACACGGUUUAACGCUGCCCAUGCGCCGUGGGUACAUGGCUCGAUGUGCAGACUUUAACACAUUGCUGCCGUUUGUUGUGGCAGCAGCCUCAUCCGAUGGAACCAUCUCAGUAUUUGAUUGUAGAUUUCCAGAACACGCUGUGCGCACAAUUUCGUCACUUCAGGGUGAUGUUGCUUCUUUGAGAUGGCUGAGACUCCACUCUGAUCUUCUUGCGACGGGCGGUAUUGAUGGUACUGUUGCAAUGUGGAACCUGCGGUUUCCUCCAACGUACUGCGUGGGACGUGCUCAAUACAAGUACCCUGUUGUUGAUCUUGCUGCUACUUUGUCCUCCGUUGAACAACGUCUUUUUGGUGUGACAAGUGGCGGGGAGUUGACCUUGACUGGCCUUGCGCUUCCAGCGCUCUCAGCUUUGGCGUCGUGGCCGAGCAGUCGUGCCAAACCGCAGCAGGUUGGCGAGGACAAACCGCAUUUACGGGAACGCGAAAGCCGAGGAGUGGGACUCCUCUACGCGAGGCGACUGCGAGAGGCGUAUGAAAUUAUUACCGACUGUGCUAUGGAACGCUUCACUCGCAAAGACACAGCGGUGGCAAUGGCACUUGUGGCUCUUACGGAUGUCAUGCUGGUUCCCAAGUUUGACUACAAGGAGAUGAUUGAGGAGAAGGUGGGACGUCUUUUUGCCCUUGAGGAGACAUCCCAUACACAGGCCCUUGAGGUAUUUGACGAACUCCUGACACGUUCGAGUGAAAGACUUUGUAUGACACUGCCAUUGCGAAAGGUUCGUGACCUUAUGAAGCCCAAUCCUGAGGAUGUGAAGAAACUUGAGGCAUUGCGGUUAAACCUAUUACUGCAACGUGUUCUUUACACAGGCAAUCCCGAAGCCGUUAUCGCUGGUGUGCAAUUUUUUGCCGCCAACGCCGGUAAUCUUGAACUUGUAGACACGGAUACUGCGUGUGGCAUUGCCAGGAUGCUGCUGAGGGUAAAUUACGUGGAGGGAGAGAAGUUUAUACGUGCCUUUUUGUCUCUAUUGAUUCAGCAAGAUGGUACUGUGUUGGCCCGCACACUGACGCGACGGCUUUUGAUUGUCGUACAGGAGCCUCUAAUGACAGAAGGUCUUCCUCCACGGCAGGCGAAACGACGCGAGGAGCGUUUCUUACGCAAUUUGGUGGCUGCUCAGGAGGCUGUUCACGUACAGUUAAACAUUUUGGGUAUGGGCAUUGAAAA